CAGAAUGUGACCGUGCCGGGGCUGACUUCGUCUUCGUCUGCCGGCAUGGUGCGUCACCGGGUGCCUUAAUGAUAAUGCGAGCCGAGGUCGUCUGAAAACGGCGGCUUGCGUGAAUUCGGGCGACCCCUGCUGAAUCCAUAUAUGAGGCCCGAGGAGCCCGCGGGGCGUGCCACAAACAUCCCGACCGGCGGCGAAGUGAGUGCGCCGCGGGAGGCCAGCCGCGGAUUCAGAAAGAGCUAGAGGUGAGCUUCGGCCAGGAGUCGAACCCACGACCGCCGGCAUGGACUUGACCGCGGUGCUGGCGGUGCUCGGGCUCGCCCUCGCGUCGCUGUACACCUGGUUCAGGUUCGCCUUCGGCGAGAGGCUCGCUCUGGCCGAAAAGGUCCCCGGGCCUCCCUCGUACCCCCUCAUCGGCCACCUGUACCUCCUCAGCAGCGACAUGUCAAAAAUGUUCCGCAACACCGUCGAAAUCGGCAAGAAAUCUCCGGAGAAGGUCGUGAGGUUGGGGUGGAUGCACCGCGUGGCCGUGGCGCUCUGGAACCCCGACGACGUGGAGGUGAUUUUGGGGAGCUCGCAGAUGCUGGACAAGUCGCAGGACUACCGCUUCUUCAAGCCCUGGCUCGGCGACGGCUUGCUCAUCAGUUCCGGAGACACCUGGCGCUCGCACCGACGGCUCAUCGCCCCCACGUUCCACAUCCACGUCCUCAAGCAGUUCGUGCACCUCUUCAACCGCAACAGCAAGGCCCUGUGCGAGAAGCUCUCGCCCCUCACCGGCCAGGCCAUCGACGCCCACGACUACCUCAGCGAGGCCACCGUGGAGAUCCUGCUGGAGACGGCCAUGGGCGUGGACCGGUCGACGCAGAAGCGCGGCUUGGAGUACGCAUCGGCGGUUAUGAAGAUGUGCUACAUCCUUCAUCGACGGCAUUUCCGCCCCUGGCUGUGGCCCGACAUCCUGUUCGGCCUGUCCGAGGACGGGCGCAGGCAGCAGAGGCUGCUCACCAUCAUCCACGGCCUCACUCACGACGUCGUGAAGAAGCGCAAGGAGGAGCGCAAGCAGGGCAUCACGGCGGGGCUGUACCGGCGGGCCGCGGGCGGCGCCGAGCAGAACGCGCUCCUGCAGGACUCGACCGCCGACUGCACCAACGACAGCGUCAUGUCGGACGGCCUGGCGCUCGGCCUCAAGGACGACCUGGACGAGGACGUCGGGGAGAAGAAGCGCAUCGCCUUCCUGGACCAGCUGCUGGACGCCGCCGAGGACGGCGUCGUGCUGUCCGACAAGGAGGUCGAGGAGGAGGUCAACACCAUCAUGUUUGAGGGGCACGACACCACGGCGGCGGCCAGCAGCUUCUUCCUGUGCAUCAUGGGCGUGCAGCACGACGUGCAGGACCGGUGCGCCGCCGAGCUCAAGGACAUCUUCGGCCACUCGGACCGGCCGGCGACCUUCCAGGACACGCUGCAGAUGAAGUACCUGGAGCGCUGCAUCAUGGAGACGCUCAGGCUCUUCCCGCCCGUGCCCAUCCUGGCGCGGCGCCUCACCGAGGACGUCAAGAUCAAGUCGGGGUACGUGCUGCCCGAGAGCACGACAGUCAUCCUGGCCCCGUUCAUGGUGCACCGCGACCCGGACACCUACCCGAACCCCGAGAAGUUCGACCCCGACAACUUCCUGCCCGAGCGCUGCGCCGACAGGCACUACUACUCCUUCAUCCCCUUCAGCGCGGGGCCGCGAAGCUGCGUCGGCCGCAAGUACGCCAUGCUCAAGCUCAAGAUUCUCAUCUCCACCAUCCUCCGGAAGUUCGAGGUGCGCUCCGACAUCCCGUACACGGACUACCAGCUCGUCGGGGACAUCAUCCUCAAGAGGAAGGAGGGCUUCCCCCUGCGGCUGUACCCCCGCGUGUUCGACAAGGCCCCGGUCAUGGUGCCCCGGGCCGAGGCGACGGCGGCGUCGGUAGGGGCAGCAGAAGCCUCCUAGCCAAAUUGCACACUAGUCUGUAUCCUACUUGUACAUAUUAUUUUAUAGAAUUUAAAAAGAAUAGCGAAAUAAAACGGAAUAAAACCAAAGAGCGCAC